CGCGAUGAGGAGCUCUGCAAUGGUAGAUGGAGUUAUGAUUCUUCCCGUGCUGAUCGUGAUGGCGUUUCCCUCCCCGAGUUGGCAAGAUGAUGAACUGAAGCUAAAUAUAGUCCACUACGAAUGUGUGUGUGAAGGCAUGUCCUGUGGGAAUGGAGAUCGUUGCCAAGGCCAGCAAUGUUUUGCUUCCCUGAGCAUUAAUGACGGUGCUAAGGUUUACCAGAAAGGCUGCUUCCAAGUCUACGAACAAGGGAAAAUGACGUGCAAAACACCUCCGUCUCCUGACCAAGCUGUCGAGUGCUGCCAAGGAUACCUGUGCAACAUGAAUAUCACUGCACAGUUGCCUUCUUCUAAAGGGCAAACCUUCCAAGGAGAAGCUGCAGGUUACAGCAUGGAAACACUAAUCGUUGUUAUACUGGCUCCUGUGAUAGUGUUGAUAGUUUUUUCUGCAGUAGCUGUGCUGAUCAUUCGGAGAAUACAGAAAAACCAUAUGGAGAGGCUCAAUUCUAGAGAUGCAGAAUAUGGCACAAUUGAGGGACUCAUUGCAUCAAAUGUUGGAGACAGCACGUUGGCAGAUUUGUUGGAUCAUUCCUGCACAUCUGGAAGUGGUUCUGGACUUCCUUUCUUGGUGCAAAGAACGGUGGCUCGCCAGAUCACACUUGUAGAGUGUGUAGGAAAGGGCCGUUAUGGAGAAGUUUGGAGGGGUCAGUGGCAAGGAGAAAAUGUUGCUGUGAAGAUCUUCUCUUCUAGGGAUGAAAAAUCCUGGUUCAGGGAGACUGAAUUGUACAACACUGUAUUGCUGCGGCAUGAAAAUAUUUUAGGUUUUAUUGCAUCUGAUAUGACUUCCAGAAACUCUAGUACCCAGCUGUGGUUAAUUACCCACUACCAUGAAAUGGGGUCCCUGUAUGACUACCUACAGCUCACUACUCUGGACACGGUCAGCUGCCUGCGCAUAGUGCUGUCCAUAGCUAGCGGUCUUGCGCAUUUGCACAUAGAGAUCUUUGGAACGCAGGGGAAGCCUGCCAUUUCUCACCGGGACUUGAAGAGCAAAAACAUCCUCGUGAAGAAGAACGGGCAGUGCUGCAUAGCGGAUCUAGGCCUUGCGGUAAUGCACUCCCAAAGCACGAACCAGUUGGACGUGGGGAACAAUCCCCGUGUGGGUACCAAACGCUACAUGGCUCCAGAAGUCUUGGAUGAAACUAUCCAGGCAGACUGCUUUGACUCGUAUAAAAGGGUCGAUAUCUGGGCUUUUGGGCUGGUCCUCUGGGAAGUAGCUAGACGCAUGGUUAGCAACGGUAUUGUGGAAGACUAUAAACCACCAUUUUAUGACUUGGUUCCAAAUGAUCCCAGUUUUGAAGACAUGAGAAAAGUGGUCUGUGUAGAUCAGCAAAGGCCGAACAUUCCCAACAGAUGGUUCUCAGACCCUACAUUAACAUCUCUUGCCAAGCUGAUGAAAGAAUGCUGGUAUCAAAACCCGUCAGCGAGACUAACAGCCCUGCGAAUCAAAAAGACUUUGACCAAAAUUGAUAAUUCCUUAGAUAAACUGAAAGCUGACUGUUGACCUUCUUCUCGUGGUGCUCUCCUGAUAGGAAGGCAUUUGUCUGGUUCAGAAGUAGUCUGGCCAGACAGUUUAUACGAUUGGUCCCCAUGUGGCUACUUAUAGAGGCAGAAGUUCUUACCAAGCCAUCUGUUUGGGAGACAUCGGAACCAUAUGGACUUUGCUCAGUGACUACAAUGGGCAUUUCACAAAUGGUCAAGCUACAAGGACUCACGCUGGAUGUACUGUUGCAAAGGUAGUGGCCUGAAGGAAGACAGAGAAAUCCUAAGACAAGAUCAGGGCAUUAAAUAACAGCUUUGAACAGCUUUUUUCUUUUUUUUAAUUCUCCUAAUCACUCCCAGGUGAAUACAUGGAAGUGGUAAAUUUUAAUCAGCAAUAUUGCCUGUGCUUCUCUUCUUUAUUGCACUAGGAAUUCUUUGCAUUCCUUACUUGCACUGUCACUGUUAAUUUUAAUGACAUGACUUGCCAAAAAUAUGAUUGGCUGUAUACUACAUUGAUCUAUGCCUGAGUAAUAGGAAAUUAAUUUGGUAAACUGAAAAUGUAACUGUCAGAUUUUAGCUGCAUUUUACAUGUGUACUGAUGUUUACAAUAAUGCUGAACAUUAGGAAUUUCUCGUUUAUACAAAACUUGCAAAUUAUUUAUUACUAGUGCACUUGCCAGUUUUUUAAACUGUAAAAUAAGUGCAUAAAGUUAAAGCUUAUUUUUAUGUGGCCUCUUUCAUGAUUUCUUACACAGAUGUUUUUGUAACACAAUAUAACCUGAAACAUAAAUUGUUUUCUGUAUUACCAUAUUACAACUCGAUAGUCACGUUUUAAGUGCUUCACAUUUGUAGGUGUGUGGUCUGUAACAUAUUUUCAGUUCAAAUAUGGAACAUAUAUAUAGCCAUUACCCACAUGACACUGUGUCUAGUAUCUUACUGAUCUAGAAAAGGAAAGCAAUGGAGGAAUUAACUAGAAUUUUAGGUCAUGAAUGCUGUGGGGAAAAUGCAUUUUAUUUCUUCUGAGCUAUAUAAUAUGCAUUUAAACUCUGCCAGAAAAAUAACUAUUUUGUUUUAAUCUACUUUUUCUAUUUAGUAGUUAUUUGUAUAAAUUAAAUAGAAUGUUUUCAAGUCAAACAAAAGAGUGUUUUAGUUCUCUUAAUGCCUACUAGUAACAAAGGUAUACUAAUGCAGCAGCGGGUAUCUCCAGGCAUACGCUCGCAGGUGAAUAGAGCUGGUCCAGGUCGAUACUGGGUGGAACACCAAGGUACGAGGCUGCUCACAGUUGUUUGUCUGGCUGUGUUUUUCCUGUACUGAACUGAAUCCCAAAAUAGUACAGCAGGGAACUGGUGUCCUCUCUUCGGUUGUGACACCAGCCGUGUCCAUGCAAACCACCUAGAGCAUGGCUUGCAGAGGAGGUGCGUUAUCCCCAGCCUCAGGGGGAGUAAUUCAGCUUUGCACCCAGAGAACUGUUUUCUCUGCUUGUGCCUUUGAUACUGCAUUCUUAACUGUUAUGCCAAGCGGAAGAGUAACUAGGAAGUGACAGUGCCCUUUCAUCCGUGGAAAAGAACUCCUUUAUUCAUGCGCUUGAAAUCCUCCUGGUUAUCUAAGGACCUGGAUAGUAAUUAGCCAUUCGGAUGUGUUUCCUUUCUGGGUUAAAAAAUUUCUCUGAGUUUCCCUUCUGUGAUUUAAGUCUGCCAGAUUCUGCUUUCCUGUUUCUCUUAAUUUUUCCUUCUCAGCCCCAGUCUUCCUUGUCCUGCUCCGGCCAAGGGGCAUGCCUUUCUUUUUCUACAUUUCUAGUGCAGCAGUAACAGCCAAGUUUGCUGGGUGGUUACUGCAUGGCCUGAGAGACUGCAUAGUACAAUGGCUCUGCAGAGCAGAUUGAAUUGAUAGCAUUUGCUAGGUCUCUUAAUUAAACUUGAUGGAAUCUGAGCAGAUCCAGUGCUGCAAAAAACGUAGGAAAAGCAGGAUCUGAUUAGUUUUUAUUGUUAGUUUUUAAUAGGAAGUCAAAGGCUCAGUUGCCUGAAUGUAUUCCGGUUUGCUUUAAACUGGUUUGUGUAUGUGGUGCAUGCUGGGCUAACUGUUAAAUAACUGCAGCCCAGGAGGCUCAGUGUUUCAGCAGGGACUCGAGUGACUUGGUCUGUUGGGCUGAAGAUGCUAUAGGAAUGGAAGUAACUAGUGACAGUUACAACUGCAAAAUGAGUAGCUGUGUUGGCGAGGAUUUUCUGAUACCGAGUAUGGCCUGAAGUUCUUUAGUUCUAGGUGCCUGGUGCGCACAGGUAUAUCUUUCUUCUGCGUGUAUUCAUGUGAUGGAAGGGGCAUCAGUACUUAAAACAAAUGGGAAGUGAGGCAACCUGCUGUGGGGGUCCCAGGCUGCUGCAGUGCCCAGUGAGGACAGCUGGGGACGGCCGGACAGUGGAGGGCGAGAGGAGAGGAGCUCUGCAGACAGACAGGGACAGAGCCAGAGGGGAAAGUUCAGUUUAAAGUGGCUGGUUAGGUUUUCUACUUCGAGUUUUCACACCUCCAGCAUUUUCCAGUACAGAUGUUGGAGGAGAGGGACAAUCUGUCACGCUGAUGAUUAAUAACAGUUCUGGCCAUGUUGGCUGAAUUUGCGGUGCCUUUCUCAAACGCUAACAUACUGAGUCACAGCAUCUUACUAGGUAUUAGGGAAGAUGGUCAUGUUAAAUACUUGAUCCAUCUCUUCUUUGCUCUGUAGCGUCUUCUGAAAAGUACUGUGUCCGUAGAACAACAACGUGAUUU